GCUCUCCCUCCACGUAACCUUCGAUCUGUGGUGGCCUCGCAAUGCCCUUGCGUUCCACCACCUUUCCCUUGUGCCAAAUAUCCCGAUCCACUUGAAUUUCCAUGGCUGAUUGACAUCAGUGAGGCUGUCACCAUGGAGUUCUCUAGGACCGAGUAUCCAACUCUUCUGGCUUCGUUGCAACCGGAACAGGCCGUCAAUAUCCUCAAUGAUCGCGUAGACCUCAUUCAGAAAAUCAACAAUGACAUUGCCGAUUGGCUUCAGGAACGCCGGAGAGUGGAGGAAGCCUACGUCGCAGGCUUGCGGAAGCUCGCGCGAAGACCGCAACAAGAUGGAGCGGCAGCUCUAGGCAUCUUCCAAAUGCCAUGGCAACGCAUUGUGUCUGGCGCCGAAAAUCUAGCGGCCUCUCAUGAGACCCUAGCCACCAAAAUCGAGACCGACGUCGAAAAUCCCCUCCGGCACUUUGCGAGUCGCAAUCGGGAAAUGCAAGCGCUGUCCACAACCCAAGGCAACCUUAAUUCACUUGCGAAAGAGCUAGUCAAUGCUCAGAGGAGAGCUGCGAAAGGUGGAAGAAAGGCCGAGAGUGCAAGCUCAACGGUUGAGGAUUCGUCGCGUGAGUGGGAAUCACAAGCACCCUAUGUCUUUGAGCAGCUUCAGGCGCUCGAUGAGACGAGGGUAAAUCAUUUAAGAGACGUCCUCACACAAUAUCAAACGCACGAGUUGGAUGCUACCGAGAAGAACAGACUCAGCGCAGAAUCGUGCCUGAACGCACUACUGAACAUCGAAACUGCCGACGAGAUCAAAACCUUUGCCGCAAGAGCAAGUGGUGGACGUGGCAGCGUCCCUAGAAGGCGCAGCUCUGCAGCAGCCGGCGCAACAGCAGCCAGUUCUCAUCUCCGUCCUCCUACACCACCACCUCCACGAAACGCGGACGACAGACAAAGCCAGCGCACCAAUUCUUUUGCUGCCCAGGACAGAUUAGCCCCCUUACCCGAUAACACACCGCACAAAGAAAAAGGAAGACUUGGUGGUCUAAAGCGGCUUGGGACCGUGAUAGGCAGAAGAAAAAGUGUUGUGCCUCCCAUCCCUUCACAUUCAAAUGAAGAAAAGAGAAAGACACGAUCCUUUGUUCCGUUUAGAAGAGGGGACUCAUCGCGAAGUUUCCAGGAUCUGGAAGAAACAGGGCAGGAGCUGACACCCAGCACCACUCGCGACGAGAGACCUACGUCCUCGAUAUCGCAUGACAGACGCGAUGAGUUACCUUCUGGAGUCACCCCUCAGCAAUCAUUGCCGCUCACAAAUGGCGCCAGUGCCUCACCAGCUCCGUUGGAAUCGACGCCCGAAUUCGCACCAACUCAACCUGCUUUACUUGACAAUGUCGGCACACCGCAGACUCCAUACCGCUCACCCGAAAAGCCGCAGCCUCCAGCUCCAGCCAUGGAUCCGUGGGCGCAAGACUCACAUGAGGUUCCAAUUGCACCUCUUCCAAAUGAGGACUCGUCACGCAAUUUCAUGAUACGAGAGAAGCCCAUUCAAGAGGACGAGAGUGAAGCCCAGCAAGCCUUGAGUACUAUGGCCAAUCAGCUCCGCAGUCAAGCACAGACUUCAGGGAUCAACCGUGUGCAGGGAAGCGUAAGAGGUCGACGAGAUGUUCGAAACACUAUGUACGUUCCAAGCAAUGCCGAGCCUUCUGGAACAAACACCUCUAUGCAGCGAGCAGGCCCGCCGGUUACCAUCCCUUCCGGAAACAACCCUGUCGAGAACAUCGCAUCUCCGAUGCAGCGACCACCAGCGGCUGCAAUGAUACUUGAAGAGCACGGUGUGGCCUCGGACACCACUUCCAUUCAUUCCUCUCGGAGCCUAGCAGGUCCCAGUCAGCAUGUUGAUCUUCACGAACCGGGAUUGAAUGCAUCCAUUGUAGAGACUGUUCAUGCCUGGUUCACUGAAAGUGGGAUCAGCAAGUCACUAGUCUUAGGUGAAGUGGCGUUUGCAUACAAUGCGAUGGCUUCAGGUGACUCCAGUUCAGAGACCGUUCGCGUGCAGCACUUCGAGCGCCUCGACAAAGUUGCUGCCAAUCCGAUAUUCAUGACCCAGAUCAAAUCGACAGGCCAAGCAUUAGCUGAAGAGCACGCAGGCUCAUACAUUGUUGCCACCUCAGCUAUUCGGAGACCGUCGCCAAUGAUUGGCUUGAAAUAUCAACUCCAUAUCGAUGAGAGCAAUCUCGGCCAAUACAGUCCAGUUCUCAUCACUCCUGCUUGGCAGGUCAUUGAAGGACAAGUCAGCGUCAUCAUCUUGUACAGCCUCAACCCUGUUUUCGGAACCCAACCUUUGAUCCUCAGAAACGCACAGAUCAGCGUCAACCUCGAUACCUCAGGAGAGGGAACGGGAAGGGCUAGUUCAGCAAUGAUGGCGCCUCCUCAAGGCGCUGUCUUCCGCCGCAAGACAUCGGCUGUUGUAUGGCGACAUGCCGACUUCGCCGUCAAGCCAGAGCAGGAAAGACUGCUAGUCAGAUUCAUGACGGAAGGAGGCAUGCCCAAAAAGGGCAGCAUCGAACUUAAAUUCGAGAUCAUUAGCCGAACCGCAAGUGGCAUUGGCGUCGAAAAGUUGGUUCUAGGAGGAGAGGAGAAGGACAGCGAUCCGUUCGCGGACGACACGGCUGGAAGCAGUGCAAGAGGGAGUGCGGAAGAGAGACGAUGGGAAUUAGUUCCCACGAAUGCGAAGUUGGUCAGUGGCAGGUAUACUGCUAGCUGAACUCUUCUUGCCGACACAUGUCCAGAUCUUAGAGGGAGGCUGUACAGAAAUGUCGUGGUUGGAUAUUUCGAGCUCUAUUGAAAGUCCUUAGCUGGAUACCUGACCUUGGACAUCGUCUAGUGUGCGAGUCCGCAAUGGUUAGCGUAAAGUAGAUAGCGACGUGAGAGCUCAAUGGUCUUUGAGGGUGCUGAGAGAAAACCCGCAAAUUGCAGAAAUCGAUUCAGUAUUGAGUUACUUCGAGAUUGAC